AGUGCCUCAACAGCGCCUCGUACUGCAGAAUAACAACUCAAAACACGUUCAGAGUUUUAUUUAAAAUAUCCUAAAAUCUCAUGUUUUACUUAAUGCAUUUUAUUAUGACACACUGACGGAAAAAUCACGUUUAUAAAUAAAGUCACAUAUACAUCGCGUGUACCUUCGCAUAUAUUGAGUUUAUGACUGAUUUCAGCGGGAUUUCUGUUCGUCUGGACUGAAGAACACAAAGCGCCUCAUUUGACAUUUCAUUUCAUUCAGAUUGAAAUACACAAACAUGUAGUCGAAUGUGAAGGACGUGACAUAUGAACGUGUUUAAUGCACAUGUGAAGUCGCGUGAGAUAAGUUUAAACUCGUCUGAGGUGAUGGAUGAUAAUGGAUCAUAACAAGAGUCUGUUUAUUAAAGCCCUGGAUAGAUGUGAGGACAGGAGAGAUGGAGGAUAUAAGCUGACGUGGAGAUGUUCUCUCUCAGAUGAUAGUGAAGACGACAGCAGAAAUGACGCCGCCCUUGUGACCAUGGAGCCAGCAGGUGGCCAGCAGGAUCUUUCACCUGAGGGAAUGAAGUCUCCAUCUGUUAAAGGCUUCAGUCCCAAUCAGUCUAUGAUGACUCAUGAACGACAUCCAAAUCAUUUACGGCCACUCAACAGAACCGGCAAGCUCAGUGAAGCGGCUCACAGCUUUCUGAUCAUGAGUCCAGCGCCGUCACAAGGAGUCGUGGUUCAGGGGCGGAUCUUUCAGCACGCACAAGUUUCUCCUCCAGUCAGAAAGCUGGAACAAAGAAACCAUGACCUGAAGGAAAGAUCCGAUAUGAUCCAAGAGCUGGAUAGCAUCGUUCUCACCUGUCCUGACACAUCAUCAGAUUCAGGAGACAGCUCUCUUAAGAGGCGUGUCCAGCAGAAACGACGGCCAAUGAUUGACAGUCCCGUUCCUGCGGUCAAACCAGUCGAUCCGCCCCUUCGACCUGAUGAAUAUGUCAGCGUGUGUGGUAAAUGUGGCCAGGGCAGUGAGGAUCACGUCAAAUGUGAUCACUGUGGAUAUCGGCUGCCUGCUGAGACUCCGCCCGUUCCUGACGGUACAUCCACUCUCGCCCCUCGCCCUCCCAUUCGCUCUCAGUCCUUGUCUGCUCCUCACAGUCUUCUCAUCAGCAAGAAUUUCUAUGGCUCUGCCUCUGGGGGGCGCUCUCAAGGCCUAAACAUCGUAGUGAAUCCAACGGUGCGAAUCACUCACGGAAAUGUGCUCGUCUCGUACAACGAAAGGCCUGUACCGGGUUCUGGGAGCUUGGCAUCGAACGGGCACAAACAAGUUGUGGGCAAGAAACAGCAGGUUACCAAGCCAUGUGAAUUAAACGACCCUAUUGUUCUGUCGAGCGAUGAGGAAGAGGAAAGCGAUAACUGCAGCAGCACGGGGACCAUCAACCGUCUGGACAGCGUCUCGCCGCGGCCUGCCGACUCGGCUCACUCGUCUCCAGCACCCUCUGGUGGUCGGGUGGAGGCCGCGAUUAAAGGUGCCAGUGAACUGGAGGACAAUAUCUGUGACUUUUUCACAGAGAAGAAUCACAGAACUCUGCAGCCCAGGAGGAAUCGCAUGAGGGAUCCACACGGGUUAGUGUGUGAAGAGCCAUCUCCCUUGAAGAAGAGGAAAGUGGGUCAGCAGCAGCAGAAGUGGGACAGUAUUAUUCUGGAGUGCAGGAGCGUGAGGAUCGGCACGCUACGCCGGAUGGUCACCAAACCCGUUGUUUUUACAGUGGAUUACAUCGAGUUUGAGACAGAAGGUCGUGAGGUGGAUGUGAUGGAGAGCGUUCGUCUGAGGUCAUCAGAGCUGAUCAGCUGCGAGUGGUGUAAAGUGAAGAAGCUGCCGGUUCUCUUUCUCCAGACCACGGAUGAGGAGUGUCAGCGCUUACGAGAUCAGCUGGAGAUGUGUCAGGACAGCGAAGGGGAAUGGUACGACUGCGGAGGUGACAGCGAUGAGAAGUAUAUUGUGUUGAUUUUUGAGAACGGGCCUCAGUUACAAGAGCAAAUAAUUCUGGAGGACAUUCUGGGUGAGAUCGGCCGAAGAAACAAACUGGAAGAUUUUCCUUUAAAGAUCAGCUUCGAUAAGGCCAACAAUCGACUGGUCGAGUACAAUAAAGCCUCCAAAGAGAAAGAAAAGGCAAAAGAAGACAACGGUAAACCUGUAGAAUCAGCAAGAUCAUCAUCUUUAACAUUAUCAGCCUCAGCAUCCCUCUCGGUAGUGACAGUUACUGUGGCAACAGCAACCACGGCCACGACAGCCCCCGUCUCGUCAGCAGCGGCAAGCGUCCGAACACGCAUGUCUGCACGACUCCAAGCUUUCUGUGAAGAGGAUGAUGAUGACGACAUGUCAGAAAUUCACCCAACAUUCACUGGCCCAGUCGUCAAGUUGAUGGUUUACCCCCCGCCUCCUGCCAAAGGAGGAAUCUCUGUAACCAACGAGGACCUCCACUGUCUGAACGACGGAGAGUUUCUCAACGACGUCAUCAUUGAUUUCUAUUUAAAAUAUGUGUUUCUGGAGAAGCUGAAGAAGGAGGAUGCCGCCAGCAGUCACGUCUUCAGCUCUUUCUUCUAUAAGAGACUCAAUCAGAGAGAGAGAAGAAACGCUCCCGACACGUCCAACCUACCGAUACAGAAGAAGAAACACAACAGAGUGAAGACGUGGACACGUCACGUGGAUCUCUUCCAGAAGGACUUCAUCUUUGUGCCCAUCAAUGAGUCUGCACACUGGUACCUCGCCGUCAUCUGUUUUCCUAGUCUUGACGGGGUUCAUAAUGAGCCAAACUUGCUGUACCAGCUAUCGGCUGCAGCCCAGAGCUCGGCCGUCUCCUCCGUCCCGCCCGCAGAAGAGGAGGCGCCAGAGACCGGCCACCACGCAGCCGCUGUGACGGCCCAGCCUGAAGCGUCCGAUGAGGCCGGCCAGCAGUACACAGAUGGUUUACACAGAAUAAUGUCGUGUUACGCGGAAGACUCGUGUCGCUUCUCUGACGACCAAAGCUCAUGUCCGGAUGAUUGUAGUGAAGACGGCACUUUUCUUGAUGACUGUAGGAACUCUGACAGAGUGGAGUGGACGUCUAAACCCACCAUUUGCAGACAGCCUUGCAUUCUAAUCAUGGAUUCCCUGCGUGGGCCGACCAGGUCGACUGUCGUGAAGACGUUACGAGAGUAUCUGGAGGUGGAGUGGGAGGUCAGAAAAGGCUCACAGAGGAGUUUUGGGAAAGAUGUGAUGAAGGGUUCGAGUCCUCGUGUACCCCAGCAGGAUAACUUUAGUGACUGUGGUGUUUAUGUGCUGCAGUAUGUUGAGAGCUUCUUCGAGAAUCCAAUUCCAAGCUUUCAUCUGCCGAUGAACUUAAUGGACUGGUUUCCCCAGCAACGGAUGAAAACCAAGCGUGAGGAGAUCAAGGAUGUCAUUCUGAAGAUUCAGAAGCAGCAGCAGGUGAACGCUGAGAGCACUGAACCCACUGACGGCUGUCAGAGUCCGAGCGAGGACAGUUUAGAGUCACCUGAUCUAAUCCCAUCCGUCAGCUCUUAAACUUUGUACACGCUGCUACGCUUCACCAUCACGUGACUCAAAAAAACACCAGGAGCCAAUCAGGGCCUUGUGUGAUUACACGCUGCUGGACAACUCUAUGAUUUCUAACGAAACUGUUCCGAUGACAUCAAUAUCAAAACGUUUUUUAUUUGUAUUAAAACAAAUCGUGUACAUAAGCUAGGCUUUUUUCUUUAUUUUGCCACGUUAUUUGCUGCCUCUUGAGUAUUAGAGUUUGUCGAUUGGUCACGUCUUCUGCAACAUAUGUGAAAUAAAAGUUCAUGUGUUCAUUUUUGGUAAUGUUGUGUAUUCUGAUGUGCCUGAAGGGUUAAACGGAACUGUUCAGUGUUGGAAAUGAAGGCUGUUUUCGGGUCGGGCAGUACGUGAGCAAACAUUGUUAUAGGACAGCAACAUGAAAAUCAUUUUUGAAUGUUCUACACGUUGUUCAAGACUGCUUUUCUGCGCUGGUACAGUCUAAUACAGUGACUUGAAGCACCAACAAUGAGCCUUUACGUUUUAUAUAUACUGUACAUAUAAGAAUGUUUACAUGUUGUUUUGACUGUUCAAUGGAACGUAUGAAAGCUUUUCUUAAAUACAUCAUCAGUGAAGUCCAAAAAGAUGUUGUUUUAUGACGCUAUUGGACUUUCAUUUAGUAAAAGCGGCUACUUUGAAGUCAGCGCUGGCAAAAAUUUGCUCUUGACAAUGAUUCAUUUCACUUACAAUGCCAUGAAUUCAUUAUUUUCAAAUGAAUCAUAAAUACUAAAGACAUAAAUAAACAAAACAAGAUGACACUCGUACAGUAAAACAACACACCAGGUUCAACAUGUUCACUGGGUUUACAAAUUUAGACAUCACAUUUAAAAAAAAAUUAUUAAAGUUUAGCGCUUACAUAAGCAUUAAUUAAUGCGGCACAUUCAUAUAAUCGACUCAAUGUUGUUUAUUUCUUGUUUUGAAUUUCUUAUCAUUUUCAAAGCAUCUAGGUGUUUGCUCAAUGAAGAAUAACCAUGGUUCCUUUUCUGAGGAUGCUUGGAGCUAAUAAAUCGCACCUUGCAUGCGCCCUAA